AUGAGCGCGAUUAAGGCGAUUAAAGACAGGCAGAACCAGGUGAUGCCGUCUUGGAAGGAGGGGGAAGGCGGCGGGGAGGAGGGCGGAGAUGGGGGGAGCGGAGUGCCGGGAGGGGGAGGAGCUGGGGAAGGGGGAGGCGGGGGAGAGGAGCUGGCGGAAGGGGAAACGGGGAAGAUGCGGCGGGAGCUAGCAAAAUUGUCGCGACUAGAGCAGCCCGCGAAGGGCGCGGGAAACGAAGUUAAGCGGCUCGCCAGGCCGCGAAAGGCGCUGAGUCUCGAAUGGGAGACUGGUCGGCGGAAAGCACGGCAGCCGCACAAGAAGCCUCCUUCGUUCUACGCCGCACAGGGCGUGGCUUCGUCUGAAGAGUACUAUAUAAACUCACGGGGAGUGGAGCUCUUCACGAAGGAGUGGCUGCCCAGUGACGGCCGGCUGAGGGGCGUGGUGCUGUUCUGCCAUGGGUACGGGGAGACGUGCACGUACAUCUUCGAAGAUGUUGCAGUGAUGCUGGCAGCAGCAGGCUAUGCGCUGGUGGGAGUGGACUAUGAGGGCCACGGGCUCUCAGCCGGUCGUCACGGGUACAUUCGCAGCUUCACCUGCCUUGCAGACGAUGUGAUUGAGUUCGCCAACCGGCUAAGAGCAAGCCCUAGGUUUGCCCACCUGCCGUUUUUCCUCUAUGGGGAGUCCAUGGGAGGGGCCAUGGCACUUCAAGUGUCAAGAAGAGACCCCACCCCGUGGAACGGAGCAGUGCUGGUGGCACCCAUGUGCAAGAUGGCCCAAGAGCUAAUCCCCCCAGCACCAGUGAUCUUCGUUCUCAAAUGCCUUUCAUACAUCUUCCCCACCUGGAAGCUGGUUCCUGUCAGCGCCAACCCUGACGUCUGCUUUCAGGUGCCUGAGAAGCGAGAGAGGGCAGAGAAUCACCCCUUUGCAUAUCAGGACAAGCCUCGCCUUGCCACGGCCCUGCAGCUCCUGCGGACCACCCAAGACAUUGGCAGCCACAUGGAGGAGGUCACAGUGCCUCUCCUCAUCCUGCACGGGGCAAAGGACGUGGUAACCGACCCAGCAGCCAGCCAGGAGCUAUUCAUUCGCUCUUCCAGUGCAGACAAGGAGAUCAAGAUGUACGAGGGGUGCUGGCACGCCCUCACAUGCGGCGAGCCUGACGAUGUUAUCGCCAGGGUGGUUGGAGAUAUUAUUGCGUGGCUGAAUGCCAGGAGCCUGCCGCCCGGUUCUGCGCCGGCCGGUGGUGUGGUGGAUGGUACUGCGCCGCCCGGGGUGGUUAAGGAGGGUGGUGGAGGGGAGGUGGGGGAUGCUACUGCGAGUGAUGAGAUGUCGAGUACGGUUACCAGUUAA